UGCAUCAGGAAACCAACGAAGAACUAAGUAUGAAAAUUCUUAUAACAGGCGGUGCGGGUUAUCUCGGCUCCACGAUGAUUCCUAUGCUUUUGCAGAAAGGUCAUGAGGUUACGCUUUAUGAUAUUUUCUUUUGGGGCAUAAGUCCAAUUCUACCGAUUGCAGACAACAACAAUCUUAAAAUCAUCAAAGGAGAUAUCCGUGAUAGAGAACAUCUUGCCAAUGUGAUGACAGGAAAAGAUGCCAUUAUUCAUCUUGCAGCCAUCGUCGGCUACCCGGCACGCGAUAACGAUCCAGAAUGCGCAAUAAACACAAAUAUUGAGGGAACAAAGAAUAUCAGUGAAUUAAAAAUAGCAAACCAAAUAUUAGUCUACGCCAGCACUGGAUCUUGCUAUGGUGCUGUUAAAGGAUUGUGCAGUGAAGAAACCAGUAUAAGUCCACUGACACUAUAUGGCAGCAGCAAGGCAGAAGGGGAAAAAAUGGUUCUUGCUGUUGGUGGAAUCGCGCUUAGACUUGCAACUGUUUUUGGUUUGUCCCCACGCCUGAGGUUGGAUCUUCUUGUUAACGAACUGACAUAUAAAGUUGUGUCAUGUAAAGAGUUUGACCUUUACGAAGGUAGUUUCCGUCGAACAUUCUUACACGUUAAAGACGCUGCACAAGCAUUUAUAUUUGCGAUUGAGCAUGCAUCAGAAAUGAAAGGACAGGCAUACAACGUAGGUGAUGAAAAAAUGAAUAUGACAAAAUAUCAGUUGGCAAUGCUUAUUCAGAAAAACGUUAAAGGUAGCAAAAUAACAGAAUCAAGUUCGGGCGAAGAUAAGGACAAGAGAGAUUACGAAGUGUCCUAUGCUAAAAUAAAAAUGCUUGGGUAUAAAUCUACAUUAUCUGUAGAGCAGGGAAUCAGGGACAUGUUGAAAGUCUUUCCGCAUAUACUUCGUACUGAAAUUGGAAGUUGCAAAAAUAUGAAGAUUCCAAUUUGAGUUUUUUUUUUCUUCGUUUCCGAUAUAGAUGAGUCAAUAUAUAUUUGACGAUGGCAUUGAGCCCCUUUUAUGAUAUAACAUUGAUUUAUUUCAAAUGUCAGUGGUAUUUUAUUGUUCUUAUUCGUAGUACAUCUGAUCAAGUCACUUUAAAAAUGUCAAGCAACCCUAUAGAAGUUACAAGUUAGUAUAUGUUAAAUUGGGUUAUUAUCACUGUAAUUUUAAUAGCUUUGAAUAUGCAUUUAUUGUGUAUUGCUUUUUCUUGUUACUAUUGUUUUAUUUUUGGAAAGACUAAUAGGACUUUUGAAACUAUCAAGUUCUUGACCAACAAGAGUUAUGACUGUCAUAUAAAUAAUAAUGAUAAUAAAAGAUAUAAAAACAUAGCUGUUCAGUUUCCAGUAACAUAUUAGAAGUCAAAGUGAUUUGAGGAGAUAUGAUAAUGGGGCAAGUAAACAUGUAGUUCAGUUUGAAAAAUCAUUGUGUAAUCUGACUGGUUAAUUAUCUCGUGCACACGACUUACUUAUGUCGUUCCCACGACUUACAAGCUCGUGGCCAAUACAUAGUAUCUCGUGGCCACGACAUAGUAUAUUGUGGCCACGACUCAGUUAUCUCGUUGCCACGACUUAGUAACUCGUGGCCAUGACAUAGUAUCUCGUUCCCACGAUUUAACAAUCUCGUUGCCACGACUUAAUAACUCUUGGCCACGA